AUGAGGGCAACGGCUAUUCUCGCCGCUCUUGCCGGCGCCGUGCUGGUGAUCGGCGUCCGCGUCCACGCUGCAUCCGUUGACCACGGGGCCACGAAAGCUGUGGAGGAAGCAGUUACUAGCGACAAGUUCACAAUAGUGAUCCACGACGAAGGGCCGCCCAACGGACGGAAGCGUCGCAAACCCGAAACCGUAGCCACCAUCGAGUUUCCCGGUUACUAUCAGUUUGCGUUGAAAAUCGACAGGACCGAAGGACAAGUAAUCGUAUCAACUAAGUUCGAUGGUGACAUAGACACUGAGUAUUAUAAUGUGAAAUCGUUGGGUAAUAUGUCAUCGUCAAAGACUCUUGUGUUGGCUGUAGACCAAAGAAAACCAGGUGCUACAAUGACGUUGUACGUUAACUGCGAGCACUUUGGUACCUUGCACACGAUCAAAACCCUUCGAGAAGUGUAUUUUGACAUGAAAGAUCCUCAUUUACAAAUGACGCACGAAAAAAGAUUUGAAAUUCAAGUGUUCCCCGACACAGAUUGGAAGACUACUUUGUCGGCUAACAAGUGUCCUACUAAUGAUGAUAGCUCAGACGUGGAACAGAUGCCUGCGAUGCAACCACUACCAGUCACCGAAAUCGGAAUUAAAAUGCCGAGUAUCGGAAGGGGUGAUAUUCCGAUAAAUCAUGACUGUGACGACUUGUUUUUCGUAAAAACCAUACAAGAGCUGAUGCAAAUGGUAAAACGACUCAAAGAAGAAGUCGAAGCUCAACGACUCGAGAUUUAUAAGCUCCGCCAAUUAUUAGAGCAGUGUGACGAUUUCUGCAGGCCAGGUGGUACGAGACAAACGCUGCCGCCACCACCGCCGCCGAAGCCGAGUUGCAACGGCAGCCCGCCAUCGUGUUACCCAGGGGCCGAGUGUCGAGACACGCCGGAUGGACCACGGUGUGGCCGGUGUCCUCAAGGGAUGGUGGGCGAUGGGAAGACGUGUAAGCCAGGCAGGACUUGCGCGAUGAAACCGUGUGCUCCAGGCGUCAGAUGUCAAGACACGGUAGACGGUUUCCGGUGCGGUCCAUGUCCGGAAGGUUACGUCGGUGAUGGUCAGAGGUGUCGUCCGCGUGGAUGCGAUAUGAAUCCUUGUUCUCCAGGCGUCCAAUGUUCACCAUGUGAAGAACCGCCGUUCUACAAGUGUGGCAGUUGUCCUACAGGGUUUAUCGGCAACGGGACGAAUUGUGUGGAUUUGGACGAAUGUGAUUUGGAUGAACCGUGCGAUCCUCGGGUACAGUGCACAAACCUCAGACCAGGCUACAAAUGCGGUCAGUGUCCACCCGGUUACACGAACGUGGGCCCUUCGCAGGGUAUUGGGGCUGAUGGUACGAGGAGAACUGAUGAGGGACGGCAUCGGUGCGUGGACAUAGACGAAUGCGCUGACGACAGAAACCAUGGAUGUGCUCCAAACUCCCAGUGCAUAAAUACCGAAGGUUCUUACCGUUGCGGCGGCUGUCGGUCAGGCUUUAUUGGCAACCAGUCGUUGGGCUGUCUCUCUGUUGAAAAUUUAAAGAAAACACCGUGGAUGUGUCCGGAUGGUACGAUGUGCCAUCAGAAUGGAGAGUGUGUCAGAUCAACUACAGGAAAAUAUUCUUGUGAAUGCAUUGUGGGUUGGGCGGGAAACGGCAAAAUAUGCGGACCAGAUUUGGAUUUGGACAGAUGGCCCGACAUCGAUCUUCCGUGCAACGACACGCGUUGUAAAAAGGACAAUUGCAUGAGAGUUCCCAAUUCGGGGCAAGAAGACGCGGACCAAGAUGGUAUAGGCGACGUUUGUGACGAUGACGCCGACAACGAUGGCGUGCCGAACACACCGGACAACUGCCCAUUGGUAUCCAAUCCAGAUCAACUGGAUUCUGACCAAGACGGUGCGGACAAAAAAGGCGAUGCUUGUGACAACUGUCCGACAAUACCGAAUCUGGAUCAGCACGAUACGGACAACGACGGAAUAGGAGACGCUUGCGAUUCAGACAUCGACAAUGACGGCGUACUGAACCACGAAGAUAAUUGUCCGAAGAAGGCAAAUCCUGACCAAAGGGACACGGACGGCGAUGGGCUCGGCGACGUUUGCGACAACUGCCCGAGCAUGCACAACCCGACUCAAACGGAUUCGGACAAAGAUCUGAUAGGCGACGCAUGCGACAGCGAUAUCGACAGGGAUAGGGACGGUAUUCAGGACAGCGUAGACAACUGCCCUAAGGUAGCCAAUUCCAAUCAGCUAGACACGGACGGGGACGGCAAGGGCGACGAGUGCGAUCCGGACAUCGACGGGGACGGCAUCAGUAACGUACAGGACAACUGCAUGCUGGUGUUCAACCCGGACCAGGCCGAUUUCGACGGUAACGGCGUCGGGGACAUAUGCCAGGACGACAACGACUACGACAAGGUGCCCAACCACUUGGACAACUGUCCCAACAACUCGAAGAUAUUCACCACGGACUUCAGGACGUACCAGACGGUCGUGCUCGACCCGGAAGGCGAUUCCCAGAUCGACCCCAACUGGGUGGUGUACAACAAGGGAGCGGAGUUCGUGCAGACCAUGAACAGCGAUCCCGGCCUGGCCGUAGGUUACGAUUCGUUUGGCGGCGUCGACUUCGAAGGCACGUUCUUCGUGGACACCGACAUCGACGACGACUACGUGGGCUUUGUGUUCAGCUACCAGGACAAUCACAAGUUCUACACGGUGAUGUGGAAAAAGGGCACGCAAACGUACUGGCAAGCGACUCCGUUCAGAGCGGUCGCCGAACCGGGGAUACAGAUCAAGGCCGUGCACUCGGAAACCGGACCGGGACAAAUGUUAAGGAACGCUCUGUGGAACACGGACAGCACCGACAAACAAGUGAAACUGUUGUGGAAAGACCCACGUAACGUCGGUUGGAAAGGAAAAACGGCCUACAGGUGGAUACUGUUACACCGUCCCAAGAUCGGAUUGAUCAGGCUAAGAAUAUUCGAAGGGCAAAAUAUGGUGACCGAUUCGGGGAACGUGUUCGAUUACACGUUCAAAGGUGGUAGACUAGGAGUGUUUUGUUUCUCCCAGGAAAUGAUCAUAUGGUCAGAUUUGGUUUAUCGCUGCAAUGAUAAUAUACCAGAAACCAUCUAUCGUGAAUUACCUCCAAAGUUGCAACAAGAAGUACAAUUAGAUACAAGACGGGUUUCUAACUAACAAACGUGUACUAAUUUUGUUAUAGUUAGGGUAGAAACUUCCUUAUAUAUCUAAUAUAGAAAAUAAGUACGCGUUUUUAAUCAAUUAAUUUUAGAUU